AUGGCGAACCCCGUAGCCAACGGCGUGAUUCUGGCCGCGACCAUCUCGCCGGUCCCCGCCAUCAUCCUCGUCUGCCUGCGCUUCUUCACGGCGCGCCGCAUUCUCCAUGUAAUCCACAAGGACGAUUGGCUGAUCCUCGCCGCCAUGGUUCUCUCGAUCGGCUUUUCCAUCAGCGAAUGCAUCCAAACCCGCUACGGCCUCGGAGAGCACCUCCCCAAUGUUCCCGAAUCGACCAUCACGGCGUACAUGCUCAUCGGGGCGUGGCCGACUCCCAUCACCAGCUACCUCGCGACCCUCUUCACCAAGGCGUCGAUCCUGUACUUCUACCUGCGCUUCUCGACCAGCCGCCUCUUCGCGUCCGCCAUUUACUUUGUCCUCUUUGUGGUGGUGGGCUACUGCGUGCUCGGCGCCACAACCGCCCUGUAUGCCUGCCAGCCCAUCGCCAAGUUCUGGAUCAUGUCGCUCGAGGGAAACUGCAUCGGAGCCAGCCCCAUCUACACGACGCUCAUUGCGCUCAACGUGUUUACCGACGGGAUCCUGCUACUCCUGCCAUUCUGGAUCCUGCUGCCCCUCAAGAUAGCCCUGUACCAGCGGCUGGCGAUCGCCGGCUGUCUCGGGGCGGGCGGAUUCGUCCUCGCCGUCAGCAUCUACCGCCUCGACAUUGUGCUCGAAGGCUUCAACGACCCCGACUUUACCUACCGGCACGGCAUCAACUUCAUGUGGAGUUUGAUCGAGACAAACGUGGCCAUCGUCUGCGCGUGUCUGCCCUGCCUGCGGGCGUUUGUGGGCUAUUUCUGGCCCUCGAUCUUCCGCAUCCGUAACGAACCGAGGGCGCUGUCUUCAGUCUCGGUGUCGCAGCCGCGGCGGCAGCCCGUCGGCAUCGCGUCGGAGGAAAAGUCGAGCAACGCCUCCAUCUCGCCGAUCGGGCCGGGCUGGAACCGCCGCGGCUCCGAGAGGGGCCAGGCUCGCUCCCCAGGAGGGGAGCAAGCCGUGUAA